AUGCCCACCCCCAACACUGCCUCCCCGCAGGCCAAAGGCUUCCGAAGGGCUGUGUCUGAGCUGGAUGCCAAACAAGCUGAGGCCAUUAUGUCCCCUCGGUUCAUUGGACGACGGCAGAGCCUCAUCAAGGAUGCACGCAAAGAGCGUGAAGCGGCCGUGGUGGCCGCGGCGGCGGCCGGCUCCGAGUCCCAGGAUCCCCUGGAGGCCAUGGCCGUCCAGAAGGAUGGUCAGGCCGUGCUGAACCUGCUCUUCUCCCUGAGGGGCUCCAAGCCCACACCACUGUCCCGAGUGGUGAAGGUGUUUGAGACCUUUGAAGCCAGAAUCCAACACCUGGAGACAAGGCCGGCUGCAGAGCCUCGGGGCAGGGACCCCCACCUGGAGUACCUCAUCCGCUGUGAGGUGCCCCGUGCCGACCUGGCUGCCCUGCUCAGCUCUGUGCGCCGAGUGUCCGAGGACCUACGGGGUGUCAAGGAAGACAAGGUCCCCUGGUUCCCGAGGAAAGUCUCUGAACUGGACCAGUGCCACCACCUGGUGACCAAGUUUGAUCCAGACCUGGACUUGGACCACCCGGGCUUCUCUGACCAGGAGUACAGGCAGCGCAGGAAGCACAUCGCUGAGAUAGCGUUCCAGUACAGGCAUGGUGACCCCAUUCCCCGAGUGGAGUACACAGCUGAGGAGGUCGCCACCUGGAAGGAGGUCUACACCACACUGAAGGGGCUGUACGCCACCCACGCCUGCCGCGAGCACCUGGACGCCUUCGCGCUGCUGGAACGCUUCAGCGGCUACCGCGAGGACAACAUCCCCCAGCUGGAGGACGUGUCCCGCUUCCUGAAGGAGAGGACAGGCUUCCAGCUCCGGCCGGUGGCAGGUCUGCUGUCUGCCAGGGACUUCCUGGCCAGCCUGGCCUUCCGUGUGUUCCAGUGUACACAGUACAUCCGCCAUGCGUCCUCGCCCAUGCACUCCCCUGAGCCGGACUGCUGCCAUGAGCUGCUGGGACAUGUGCCCAUGCUGGCUAACAGGACCUUCGCCCAGUUCUCCCAGGACAUAGGCCUCGCUUCCCUGGGAGCAUCGGACGAGGAGAUAGAAAAGCUGUCCACGCUGUACUGGUUCACGGUGGAGUUCGGCCUUUGUAAGCAGAAUGGUGAGGUGAAGGCCUACGGGGCGGGCCUGCUGUCCUCCUACGGGGAACUGCUGCACUCGCUGUCAGCAGAGCCAGAGGUGCGGGCCUUCGACCCCGAGGCCGCGGCUGUACAGCCCUACCAGGACCAGACCUACCAGCCAGUGUACUUCGUGUCUGAGAGCUUCAGCGACGCCAGGGACAAGCUGAGGAGCUACGCCGCUGGCAUCCAACGGCCCUUCUCCGUGCGCUUUGACCCCUACACGCAGGCCAUCGAGGUGCUGGACAGCCCGCGCUCCAUCCAGCGUUCGCUGGAGAUCGUCCAGGGCGACCUGCAAGCCCUAGGCCACGCGCUGAGCGCCAUACGCUAG